UGCACAUGCUCAAUGCAAGGGGGACACUCCUCAAGUUUCCCUCUGAAGGAUCAGAGAGAGAGAGAGAACGAGAUUGAGAGAGAAAUAAGAGAGAGAGAGAUCGACAGGACAGAGUCAAUCAAACAGUGCAGGCAUUCUGGUCUUCAAGCCAGCUCCAAGGAUUUAGAAGACACUUUGAUCUUCAACUCCAAAGAAAGCGCUUUGUCCCAUUGAUUAGCUUUUUAAAAAUAGAAAUCACAGCAAACACGUUAAUUUGGAGAGAGUUGGCGAACGUUUGAGAAGGAAGCUGAAGUGAGACAGAGGGAGAGUGAGAGAGAGAGAGAAGAUUGUGCUGCCAUGUCUCUGAAGUACAGUGAUGCCCCGGGGCCAGAAGCAACCAGCAACAGUUUCUGGAUGCCAGAUAAAUAUAAAAGCACCACCAAGCGCACGGACGAUGGCUAUAAAAUCUGCAACGACAUCAUCUUGUGUUUCCAAGAGAGAGCAAAGAUCGAGAGACAGUAUGCCCUGCAGAUUUCAGCCUGGUCACGGAAGUGGAAACCACUGGUCGAAGCAAGUCCUAUGUACGGUACUCUGUUGAAGGCGUGGCAUGCCUUCCUUACCUCUGCAGACCGCCUGAGCGAGCUCCAUGUGGAGAUCCAGAAGUCGCUGGUGACCGAGGAUACAGCCAAGAUUCGGAACUGGCAGAGGGAGAUGUACCACAAGAAAUUCUUCGGAGGCUUCAAAGAGACCCACGAGGUGAAGAGCGGAUUCCGAAAAGCGCAGAAGCCCUGGACAAAGAAACUGAAAAAAACGGAAAAGCUGAAGAAACUGUACCAUGCCAAGCGCAAAAAGGAGCGGCUGGCCAUCGCCCGGGAAAGCAAUGCCAGGGCCAAUCAGGCCACAUCCGCCUCAAAACACCGCAAGCUGCAGGGGGAGAGAGAGAAGUGCAACCAGGAAGCAGAAAAGGUUAAGCAGCGUUACACAAAGACAAUAGAAGACUUAAACAAGUACAAUCCAAAAUACAUGGAGGAGAUGGAGAUGGUCUUUGACCAGAGCCAGCAGUUGGAGCAGAAACGCAUAAUCUUUCUCAAACAGAUCUUCUUGUCCAUUCACCGGCACCUUGAUGUCACCAACAAUGAAAGCUUCCGGUCUAUAUUUAAUGACCUACACCAGAACGUGCUAUCAGUAAAUGAGCAGAAUGAUUUGAAAUGGUGGCGCAACACACAUGGUCCAGGGAUGCCCACCAGCUGGCCACAUUUUCAGGAAUGGAGCCCAGAGAGAGAAAAGAUUACAGACAAGAAGGCAAAAGGGAAGAAGGAAGGAGACAAGGUUGUUCUUCAGAGCUUAAGUUUAAGUAAAGGGUAUUCCCUUGGUGAGGAUGGCACAAACAUCCCUGGCAUCAGAAUCCGAGCCCUGUACGAUUACACCAGCCAGGAAUCAGACGAGCUCAGUUUCAAAGCGGGUCAGGAGCUGACUAAAGUGGAGGACGAGGAUGAGCAAGGAUGGUGCAAAGGUUACCUUGAUGGAGGCCGGAUUGGACUAUACCCAGCAAACUAUGUAGAAGUUAUACAGUAGAAAGCAGAUUAAACUGCUUAAUUAAAAAAGAAAGUGGAUAUUUAAGAUGAAGGCAUCACCACCAGGACCUAUAUUAAAGACCUCGUCUCUCCAUCGCCACUGCUUAAAAAAAAGUUUAAAAUUUGUUUUCCAUUACUAUGACUAACUUUUUUUUUAAAAUUCAGCCUGCAAACGUCAACAGCAUUUUUAGCUGGGAGGACAGUGUCUGCUAAAUUCAAGGGAGCUAGGUGUUCAAGUGUUGGACAGGGGAAGUUACUGAGCCCAAGACACACAGGUAGAUUGCUCACUGAGAGGCAGGGAGAGUUAACGAGUUUAAUCUUGCAAAGGAACUGGAUCAUCAGUAAAGGCACAGGCCAUUAAUACAGGUUAGUGAUUUAACCGAGUUUGAGUUUGGCAGUGCAAGGAAAUGGGACCUGUAUUAACAAUUUCAAUGGGAAUGACAAACCUGGGUUAAACAAAUGUAUCCCUGACUGAUGUCAAUUCAAUUCCAUUGACAGGAUAUCAGCAAUAACUCAUAGCCAGCUUCCCAGCAAAAUUAUCACCAGUCAUUGUUUUAACAAGAGACAAAAAUGGAUAGGAGAAUUCUUGUGACUGACUUGAUACAAAAUAUAAAAGCUCCCUGAUGUUGGAACUCCCUCAACUCUCAAAAGACCAGUUACAUUUAAGGUGAAUUUUAAGCUAUUUUGAAUACUGUAUGCAAUUUUCAAAGAAAGAGCACACUUUGUAUAUAAAUAAAUAGGUGAAAGCAGGGAAAAUUCAUGUAGUGGGAUGGGCAGAAGCACAAAUAAAUUGCUUGCAAAAAUUUGUAAACACUUGGUAUAAUAAAUAUAAUGCUGUAACACU